CCUCUGUCCUCUGACACUCCUCUCACUCUCUCUGAUUGUCCUCACCUUGAAGGUAACCUGACCAACAGCAGCCAUGUCUGAAGGACCGAAAAAGCCAAAGUAUUCGGCAACACGCCGGCUGCUCCUAAAGACCAAACUGCUGAAAAAGGCAGGGAUAAUGCUGGUGGCUGAGGUUGCGGACAAGAAACGUGAAAGAGAGAGCGCUCUGAAUGAGAGAGCCCCACCCCUCAAACUGUCUGGCCUGUCUGUGCAGGAGCUACAGGACCUUUGUAAAGACCUACACAAAAAGAUUGAUAUCGUAGAUGAGGCACGAUAUGACAUGGAAAUCAAAGUGGGGAAAAAUGAUUUAGAGAUUAAGACGCUGACCCAGAAGAUCGAUGAGAUUAAGGGAUCGAAGAAGCCUACUCUGAAGAGGGUGAAAAAGUCUGCCGCCGACGCCUUGUCGGGAGCCGUGGCCGACACUGGCAAAAUGAAGGCUGACUUCACAUCCGGCCUCAAGAAAGUCAAGAAGGAAGAGGAGAAGAAAGAAGAGGUGACUGACUGGCGUAAGAAUGUGGAUGCCAUGUCUGGCAUGGAGGGCAGAAAGAAGCUGUUUGAUGCUGGAAAAUAAGCAGGGUCAUGUUGUACCACCAUUAAGAGAGAAGUAUGCCAAGACUGUAAGAACCCACAAAGAAGAGAGAGAGGAGGUCAGUUCUAGAUGAGAUGUGAAUUUCAUGUUGUGAUAUGAAAUMAAUUUUAUAAAGAAUCAUGUCAACCAUGUCAAUUUUACGUGUGUGUCCCCUGUUUAAUGUGAUAUGAGAGUUUGCUAGUUCACAGGGAAUAUUGUUGAUAUUAUAUAUUGUAGAUAUGUUAUAGAUAGUUGUGUUAUAAAUUAUGUGUUGAUAGAAUCAGUUAUUUAUGAUGUAUUGGUAGUAUCCCUUAUGUAAAAACCACAUGAUUUCAAGUGGAAAAUCACAUGAUUUCACAUGUGAAAUUUCGACGUUUUGCACAUGUAAAAGUUUAUUGUGAAACAAUGUGGUUUUGGAACACUUCACAUGUGAGGAUAUUUCACAUUAAAUUUCACUUGGAUUUUCACAAUAUCAAAUUAUAUUUCACAUGUGAACCAAUGUGGUUUUGGAACACGAUCACAUGUGAUUAUAUUUCACAUGAAGUUUCACGUGGAUUCAAAUGUUCACUUGUGUAUAUUUUUCACAUGAGAUUUCACAGGUGAUGAUGCCCUGCGUACAAUAAUUUGUCACAAAAUAGUUGCAGUGUUUUCAACUUAAGUAUUUGACACACAUGAUUAUAUUGUGCAUGUUUAUUUCAGUGGAGGGGAGGACGGCUCAUAAUAAUGUCUGGAACGGAGCGAAUGGAAUGGCAUCAAACACAUGGAAACCAUGUGUUUGAUGUUGUUACCUUUCCACCUAUUCUGCUCCAGCCAUUAACACAUGCCCAUCCUCCCCAAGUAUGGUGCCACCAACCUCCUGUAUGUUUAUUUAMACAGUAAUUAUUAUUCAACAUGUCCUCAKCUUCCUGCCAUGCCAKCAUGUCUGUGUCAAUGACUGAUUUCACCUGUAUUCCUACACUUUGGACUGUGUCAAUGACUUUGAAGUUAAUCUUAGCUUUGUAUAAUACACUCAAGAAAAUCUAUUAUAUUUAUCAUAGUGAUUCAUCAACAUCAGACAAUUAUACAGAAAACCCUCAAAUUGCUGAAAUA